CGACAACCAUUGGAUACAGCAAGACUCUUGCAAGCAAGGCAACAGGAAAGCAACCCAAGCACCAGUACACAAGUUAGUUUCUUGUUUCCUAUCAUACUUGUCAUGUUUUCAUUUUUUAAUACAGUAUCUCACAGGGCCGUUGCAAAACCAGACAAAUUACUGUUGUUGACAAACAAAUCUUUUGUCGGCAAAACUGUUUUGGUCUCUGAAUAAACAAAUGAUCACAAUAGGAUAAAUCAUUGUCAAACUAUUCUGGCACUAUUUCUGUUAUAAGUGAGAUAGUAACACCCAUGCAGUGCUGGUGCCAAGGAGGGAAUUAGCCCCCCUGUUAGGGAAAAGUUCUAUUUUGUUGGGAUGAACUAAUUUUAAAUUAAUCAGCAGAUUUAUGCAUAUGAUGCAGAAAUGGUGUUUCAGAGAUUAAAAUUCUAAAAUUUUACAUAGUGAGAUUUUCAAUUUAGAUUGGGAUGGCUAAACACAAACACAGUUAUGUUAUAAUUAAAAAUUGUGGGAACAAUGCCAUUGCAUAUAUUGAAUCAAUUGGCCAAUCCACAAAACACCUUAGUAGCUUUAUUCAAUGUCCAGCCUCUUUAAGAAAUUGAAUUUCCUAUUGAAAAACUGUAAGAGAUUUUCCAGAUUAUGUGACUUAAUCAAUUAUAAUAUAAAUGUCAGACUCUCUUAUUUUCUGCAUUAUAGCUGAACCGCCAGACAACACUUGCAGCAACAGCUCAUCCCCAACUUAGUGUGGUAAGUCGGCAUUUAGAGAAGUUAGUUGUUUUGGGAAAUUGCUUGGUUAGGCACAACUCCACAAAGUAAUAUUUAUUAUUUAUCACAUAAAUUGGCUAGUAAACUUGCCUGAGUUGAAAAAUGGGUACCCAUGUUAUUGAUAGUAAGGUACUGUAUAUCAUACCUUUAGUAAUGGAAGAAUAAUUUUUAUUUUAAAAUUUUAUCAGACAAGGUCACUUCCUUCACUCUUUGUUGGAAGUGGAGUCCAGUUUGAAAAUGCAAGCAGUAAGAAACGGAAACGUUCAGCAACAAGCCAACCCAAGCCCGGAAAGACCUAUACUGUACAAAAAAUGUUGUAUGCUUGAAACCUUCAGAUAAUCUGCUAGAGAUUCCAAUACCAAGAGGAGUUAAAAGGGCUCAUUUAGCAGAAAUUGGUCUGAUUGGGAAAGUAUCAAUUAAUGCUACUUGGACAGAGGAAGAGGUUGCAAGAGAAUUGACAAGUGUAUUUGCAACAUCGUUUAACUUGGAAUGCGGCGAACUUCUGCCAUCUGACUAUUUGGG